CAACUAGUAAAAACCUUUGUAAAUGUCUAAGUCAAGAUUUUGAAAUUUUGGAAUCAGAUAUUGAAAGUAAUCAAGUAACAGAUUCAGAAUCUGAAACUAUCCAAAGUACAAUUGAUAUUUCUACCACCCAGACUUCAACAAGCAAACCUAUUGUUAAAUCUAAAAGAAAAAGUUUAUACAAAGUUAUUGUUCAAAAAGAAAAUAGAGAAGUUAAAUAUAGAAAAGAAAUAACUUAUGAUAAUUCUACUAAAAUAAAUACUGAAGAACUUGUAGAUUUAACAACUAAAAAUACUGCACUAGAUGAUGUUAAAUUUAUUGACAAUUAUAAAGAAGAUGAAGAUAAGAAACCUAAAAACAAAGAAUUCUUAUUAAUACGCCUCAAGAUUGUAAUGAUUUAG